AUGUCCAUGACAUUUUUGGAGGAUUUGGCAAUUUCACAAGAUGCACUACUAGAUCAUUUGCAAAAGUUGAGUUUUAUCUCCCAUAAAAAGGAAUCCGGAGAGAGCAAGCUGGCCAGCGAGGGCGGCCUUGUACACAACGACGACAGCGAUGAAGAGGAAGAAGAGGAGGAGGAUGGGUUCGGUGUUUUGCUGGAGGCCAUACAAGACAAACUGUUAGACUUUGAAUCGGUCCUCAGGUGCAGUAUUGUUGAAAUGACAUAUACGUACCCUGAAUUAAAAUUGCAAUGGGAGAAGAGCUCCAAAUACGACCAAUGCGAUAAACUGAACGUUGUGCAUUUGGACAAAGAGAUGAACGCGGACCUAUAUGUUCAGUUGACGGAAGAGCUGGAUUCCGUCCUGCAAUUCAUAGACUGGUUCUAUUGCUACCGUCUGAAAACCAAAGAAAUCCUACGACAACACCACAAGCGCGAUCUAGCCUGGAAUGACGAAGAAAGAGACCGCGAUAUAAGAUUUCAUUCGGUAGAUUACGACAAGUCGCAUCAUGGAGCAUCGUCAUCGACGGGCUCGAUGGAAAACGCCAGUGCGAGAGAUAAACUCUUGAGUAAGACAAAGCAAUUGACUAACAACCUGGUGAGGGGCAACCAAAUCCUGCAGUCGGGCAUCCUACAGAGCGACCUAAACCUGGACGAAUUGAGAGCCCAAACGCACUCGCUUACGCAAAUUGACGACAAAUAUACCCAGUUUGAAACCGUUUUCAAGAGAACGGCCGACUUGGUGAAAGUCCUGGAAAAUGCCUCUCACCAGGAGAAACGAGACGUGUAUUUAUCGCUUGGAUUCCUCGCGUGCUGCGUCUCAUGGGUACUAUGGCGCCGCAUUUUCAAGCUACCGGUGAAAGUUGGCCUCUGGCUUCUAUUUAAAUUUUUCAAGGGCAUACUGGCCACCAUGGGGCUAGUCAAAAGCUACGCAGCCUCCUCCUCUCCCCAGGCACACAGCCUCGUACUGAAUGCGCCAUUUCUGGCCACCACGGCUGCAUCCUCAACCCUUGUGGAACCGUCAGCAUCGGUAUCGGCAUCAGCAUCAGCGUCAGUGUCAGUUAUCAGCGACAUCCAGCAAGCUGUCAACGAGGCGAUGGACAGAAUCGUCUCCCACGAUGAGCUGUGA